AUGGCAACGACGUCGGAUACAUUGUAUUGGGCAGUCUUUGUCAAAGAUGAAAUGAGAACACGCUGGCCCGUGAACACGAGGUAUACCGACAAAGAUGAGGAAGUGGUGGCUGAGCAGAUCAUGAGCACUCCCGUUACGGAGACCAUCAUCUUCGGAAAUCUCUGGUACUCCAGGUCAAGCUCGGGACUUGUCCCUGUCGAGGAAGGCGUACUGAAGAAUUGGCAUAGCGGCCGUAUUGUUCUUAUUGGUGAUGCAGUCCACAAAUGUUUGACGAUGACCCCGGACCUGGGUCUUGGCGGCGCUUGUGCGGUUGAGGAUGCAGUUGUUCUCUGCAACAACCUUCGCAACAGGAUGCACGAUUCUAGCUCCAAGUCGUUGAACACCGUCAGCCAAGAUGGAAUAACGCAGCUCUUCCACCAGUACAGUAAUCGUCAAGGGCCCCGCGCCCAAAGAUUGUGUUCGUUAUCGGGUCGAACGACGCGACUAAACUCGUCGGGGACGCUUAUCGACCAAUUCGUAACACGCAUUCUUAUGGUUAACAAUGCCGCGCCUAUGGCGGCCAUAAUGGGAGAAGUGGUCCGGGAAGGCGAGCUGUUAGACUAUGCCACGGUCAAAAGAGUACGGGUCGGUAAUCAGAAUUGGGGUCGUCGGCUGGACCUACAUGGUUUGCCAACGCCCUACAACAACAAGCGCGAAGGGGGGGCAAGAACACUCCUGAGUAUAUCAAAAUUAGUCCUAGCGCUCGUCAUACUUUGCUUACUAUGGACCGCGUUACAUUACCCAACAAACUCAGCCAAAGCCUGA